GAUCCAAGUGUGCUGGCGUUGAAGUAGAAGGUGAGAUGGCGAUCAUGUCGUGCUGCCUAAAAAAGGAUCUCAUCCUGCUCUUAUUCGUGGCAAUUUCCUUCUCUUCGAGCUUUCAUUUGUCGGGGAAAAAUAACCAACCUGGAGUAACAAUUCCUCAAGGAAUCCUGCAAGGAAAAAUACUGACGACGACGCCCAGUAAUCGAAGUAUUUCAGCUUUCCUGGGAAUUCCUUAUGCACAGCCACCGACUGGAAAACUCCGAUUUGCAAAUCCAGUCGCAGCUGGAGGCUGGAACGGGAUUCGAGACGCUAGUUUCGAUUCGAAUCAAUGCCCUCAAGUUUCAUUUUCAAGCGGCGAAAUAUUUGGUGACGAGGACUGUUUGUAUCUGAAUGUAUACACGCCCGAGCUUCCCGAAAAUUCAACCUCACGACUACUUCCGGUGAUGGUGUUCAUUUAUGGUGGAGGAUUCUUCAUGGGAAGCGAUAUUUCAUCGGUUUAUGGCCCGGAAUACCUCCUCGAGAAAGAUGUGAUUCUCGUAACCUUCAACCAUCGUCCAGGCGCAUUAGGAUAUUUGAGCACAGGUGACGCGGUGGCUUCCGGAAAUUGGGGCUUGAAGGACCAGGUUCUCGCCCUGAAAUGGGUUCAGACUAAUGUCAAGUACUUUGGCGGCGAUCCCGAUCAAGUGACGCUGUUUGGAGACAGUUCGGGCGCGGUUUCAGUUCAUCUUCUGACAAUGACGGAUAUCACGAUUGGGCUCUUCCACAGAUACAUAACGGAAAGUGGAUCCGCCCUUGCGACAUGGGCUUAUAGACCAAGCGGCCCCUACGCUGGCCGAGCAUUUGACCUUGGAAAAUAUGUUGGCUGUUCCAAUAAAUCAACGGAUUCACUGAUUGAAUGCUUGCGGACAGUCGAUAUUGUGGACAUUUUAGGUUCUUCCUCGAAAUUCAAUAUUUGGGAAUUCUACCCGUUGAUCGUGUGGGGCCCGACUGAUGAGCCAAAUAUUGAUGGUGCCAUUCUCACCGAUAGUCCCCAAAAUUUAAUUCGCGAUGGUCGGAUUCAAGAUUUGCCACGGAUUGCAGGUGUUUGCCACGAUGAAGGAUUAGUUGAGAGUAUAGCUUUUUAUCAAAAUAAGUCAAUGGUUGACGACUUUUUGGCAAACUUCGACCUCGCUUUACCUGUUCUAUUGAAUUGGUUAUAUUUACCGAAUUCGGGAGCCGCUUGGGUGGAACCUGUCAAGUCACAUUAUUUCAAUGAUUUUGAAGCCGACAGAAAAGUGUUACUCGCAAACCUAACAGUCGUUCUGGGCGACUUCAUAUUCAUAUAUCCGGUUUACGACGCACUUCGACAGCAGUUUGCAACGACUCAGAGUCCACAAUAUUUUUACCACUUCGAUUAUCGUGGCGUAUUAAGCUUUUCGUACGCGUAUAGUGGCACUACAGCAGACUACGGCGUGGUGCACGGUGAUGACCUGCUAUACCUAUUCCCAAGUACGACAGAUUUUCCUAAUCUCAACGAAACUCGAAGCAAGAAUGAUUAUAAAAUGGUGAACAUUAUGACAGAAUUAUGGACGUCUUUCGCUAUCGAGGGGAAACCCACGACUUCGGCUUUCGGCUGCGACACGAAGUGGGAACCGUUUUCAAUCACGAAGGACAACGACCUUAGCAUCGGAAAUAAAUCCGAUCUUGCACUCACCGUUGAAUAUUCUUAUUUUAAAAAACGUCUGCAGUUUUGGGAUGACUUGAAAGCUAAUGUGCCGUUAUAAUCAGGACGCUGCGAUUACGCGAUCUCUCAUUUUUUCAUAAA